AGAACAGAUUUUCUUAAAGAAUGCGGAGUGGAAAAAAAGAGACUGAGCUUUCAUUUAGCUCAUUAAGUCUACAGGGGUUCGAGUACUAUGGAGAGAGGCUUGUAAAAAAAGUAUUCAUGAGCCGGGCAUGGUGGCGCACUGUGUCACAUCUGUCACCCUGGCACUGGGGAGGCUAAGGCAGGAGGACUGCCACAAGUAUGAGGCUACAUCGUGAACUGAAGGCCUGGCUGAAUUAGAUAGCUGGCCCCUGCCUCAAAAAACUAAAGUUUUGAUGAACAUCGUUGCGGAGAAGACCCCAAACCACAUCGGGCCUUCUGGUCCAAUCCGCCUCUCACACCCAACUGCAGUCCCGCCCAGAGGGUGCGUUCUUUACUCAACUAAGCCCUCCGGGCCCUUUCUGCCUCACUCUCAGUGCCGAGUCAAACCCGGAGCCCUUCCCCGUUCACUUAAGAUUAAAGUAACCCUCCAGCCCAACUCGGAAACCGCAACCCGGUCCAGUCCCUGCCGGAAGCGGAAGUGACAUCAUCAACCCAGCUCGGCCUUUAUGACGCAAUCUCCGGGCGACUCCGCUCCUCCUUCCUAGUCGUGGGCUCCCUGCAGUUUGCGAGCACGAGUUCCGUGGGAAGAGUGCUCCCUGAGGGAGAGAGGCUCGUUGAAAGCGCUGUGCGGAGCCGCCGCGGAGCCUGCACGCUCUGCUCGCGUCCCCUGAGCCGUAUGCGGGUCCUGUUCCUGGAGGCCGCUCCAGCUGUCAGUCUGUGCGAGGUGCGGGUCACCAGGUGUCGUGCCACUGUCUUCGGGGUGUUCUAUCCACUGUUUUGUUUUCUUCAUAUACCUCCAAACAGCCUUUAUAAAAAACAGAAAAUAUUUUUUCCCAAAAGUAAAAUAAUUUCCGCCAUUCGAGUCACGUUGACGACGUGCCCAGUGUCCUGCCGCCUCAUGGACCUGGCGGUUGAUGCGCGUUCGGAAGCCCUUAUUUCUAGGGACCCAGUCUUCUUUCUUGAAGAAAAGAUGAAGAAAGAAAGGAUGAUGGCUGACUGCCUGAAAAAUUGCCAUCAGGACUUGGUGACCUUUGAGGAUGUGACCGUGGACUUUACCCAGGAGGAGUGGGCCUUACUGGAUCGGGGUCACAGAGACCUUUACAGAGAGGUGAUGUUGGAGAACUACGAGAACCUGGCCUCCGUGGGAGAUUUGUCCCAAGACCCCAGUCAGCUGCUGAAACUACAACAAAGCCUGAACUCAGGGUGUGAGCUUGUCAAACCCAGUCUGAUCUGGUUGGAACAUGAAGAGGACUGGAGGACACAGCAGAGAGGAGAUCGCCAAGAAUGGGAAAUGCAACUUAGCACCAGAGAGUCAGCAUUUGAGCAGGGUAUUCUAAUAAAACAAACUUCGAGUGGGAUACUAAUGGCGGGAAUCCCCAGUGCAGGGGAACACGGUGACUAUAAGCACUGGGGAGAAGUCUUCAGUGAACACUCCUAUUUCAAGACACACAUGAAAUCUCAAAAUUCAAGAAAUACUUUUGACUCUGGUCUGGAUAGAAAGCCCUUUUCUACUCUGAAUAUGAAAUCUUCUUCUGGACAGAAUAUUUCUGUGUUAAAUGAAUGUGAAAUGACUGUUAGCCCAACUCCAAAUGUUGCUUACCAGAGAAUGAACAUGCAGGACAAACCUUUUGGAUGUAGUGACUAUCCCUUCCUUAGUAAGUCAUACUUUCAGACAUAUGUGAGAAAUCAUAAUGGGGAAAAGCUCUAUGAAUUAAAGCUAUUUGCAAGAGAUUUAUUGUAUUCCAAAAGUGGAGUUGUACCUUUUCAAAUGUAUACCAUCAAAGCCUACGAAUGUAAGGUUUGUGGGAAAGUCUUUGGAUACUCCUCAAAUCUCAAUAGCCAUAUGCGAACCCACACUGGGGAGAAACCAUAUGAAUGUAAGGUUUGUGGGAAAGUCUUUGGAUAUUCCUCAAAUCUUAAUAGCCACAUGCGAACCCAUACUGGGGAGAAACUCUACGAAUGUAAAGAAUGCAAGAAGUCCUUCACUACUUCUUCAAGCUUAACAGAACAUUUCAGAAUUCAUACUGGAGAGAAACCCUAUAAAUGUAAGGAAUGUGGGAAAGCCUUCACAAAGCGCUCAGGCCUUGCCUCACAUGUACAAACACAUACUGCAAAGAAGCCUUAUGUAUGCAAGGCAUGUGGCAAAUCCUUCAGUGUUUCUUCAAACCUAACUGAACACUUCAGAAUUCAUACUGGAGAGAAACCCUAUCAGUGUGAGGAAUGUGGGAAAGACUUUCAUGCAGCUUCCUACCUACAUAAACAUGAAAGGAUUCACACUGGAGAGAAAACCUACGAAUGUAAGGAGUGUGGGAAAGCCUUCCACACUUCCUCCAACCUACGGAAACAUGUAAGAACUCACAGUGGAGAGAAACCUUAUGAAUGUAAGGAAUGUGGGAAAGCCUACAAAAGGUGUUACCUGCUGACUGAACACUUAAAAACUCAUAUGGUGGAGAAACCCUUUGAAUGCAAGUUAUGUGGAAAAUCUUUUAGAAGUUCUGCCUGCCGGAAUAAGCACAUUCGAAUUCACACAGGAAUCAAACCUUAUAAGUGUAAGUACUGUGGGAAAGACUUUACUGUUUCUUCAAGUCUGACUGAACAUACACGAACUCACACUGGAGAACGACCCUAUGAAUGUAAGGAAUGUGGGAAAUCCUUCACUACAUCCUCAUGUCUGAUUGUUCAUAAAAGAACUCACACAGGGGAGAAACCCUACCAAUGUAAGGAAUGUGGGAAAGCCUACAAAAGGUGUUACCUGCUGACUGAACAUGUGAAAACUCACACAGGGGAAAAGCCCUUUGAAUGUAAGGUAUGCGGAAAAUUCUUUGGAAACUCCUCAUGCCUUAAUAAGCACAUUCGUAUCCAUACUGGAAUAAAACCCUAUAAGUGUCAGUACUGUGGGAAAGCCUUCACCGUUUCCUCAAGUCUGGCUGAACACAUCAGAAUACACACAGGGGAGAAGCCCUAUGAAUGUAGGGAAUGUGGGAAAGCCUUCACAACAUCCUCAAACCUAUAUCACCAUGUAAGAACUCAUGGUAGGGAGAAGCUCUGUAAAUAUCAAGAAUGUGGGAAAGCCUACAAUAGGUUUUACCUCCUAAAUGAGCAUUUAGUGACGCACUGAAUAGAAACCCUUUGAGUGGGGAAAAUGUUGAAAAUCCUUUAAGAAUUCCUCAAAUGUUAAUUAUCACACUGGAAUUUAUACUGGUGAGAAAUCUAAGGAUUGAGGAGCAAUCUUAAUUUUGGCAAUUUAUUUUAAAGACACUAAAAUCUCUACUCUCAAGAUCCUCUGUGAAUUAAGGAAUCUGUGAGGUUAUUUGAGUCUGAUCACAAGGCAUCAUGGUAAGAAUUUACCCUUGCCAGGCCUGGUGGUUCA